AUGUUGUGCAGGAUAAUCUCAAAAGAAGCAACAGCAUACGAGCAGCUUCGCACAGCAAUACAGUUGGUCAUAGCAUCACCUUCCUUCAUACCCUGUCAGAUGCUCACCUCCAAGCCCAAAUCUUGCACUCAUCUCAUUCUAAUACAUCCUACGAAGGACUUUAUUAGCACUCGUCCGGGUGUUGCACGAUUUGAAAUCAACCCAGGAUGGGAUAUGUUACAUGACGACGUAAUAGAGGUGACAACGGGCGACACCUUAAGGUGUGUAAACACGGGCACACCGAAACUGGAGGCAGCGAUUCAGCUUGAUUUUUCCAAUGAAAAUGAUGUGGAAUUCGCUGGAGCAUUUGUGACAGAGGGUACUCAUUUUGUGAUUGCUGUGUUGGAGUCGUAUGCGUGGGAACAGCUAGCGCCACCUAAACUCAUCAAACUGCCCAUCCGCGUAAUUCCCCUACACAUGAAGGCUGCUGCAGUUCUAAAUUCGACUGAAUCACCAAUAUUUACCACAGGAGGUCAACUCUCGAGAGGAGGCACGGAUCUUGGCCGAAUUGUCGGUUUCAGAUUCUCAUUUUUGGGCGGGUAG